AUGCCGUUUGCCGGCGUAUCUGUCAUCUCUGAUGGUAAGCUGCAAUCUGCAUCGGUCGUCGUCUGCAGCGCGGCCAGCGGCUACCAUCUGUUCAUUGUGGAUGGCUACUUACGUAGCAAGGAGAAAACACCCAACGGGAAGAGCAUCAAGUCUAGGCCUUUUAGGGUGGGAGGCUACUGGUGGGUCAUCCUGUACUCGCUCAACGGCGAGCGCUCCCAAGACGAGGGCCACACUUCCAUUACCCUUGCUCUCGAUCAGGAUGUUUCGCGCCAUGUCAAGGUGCAGUUCGAGUUCAGUUUCAUCGACCAGAUCGUCAAGCAGGACUCGGCACGCAUUCACUUAACCGAGGUCAUCUCUGUUUCGACUGGCACCUCGUGUGGCCACCAUAGGUGGAUGAAGAGCAGGGACUUUGAGGCGUCGAGACAUCUCAGGGAUGACAGUUUCAUCAUCCGGUGCGACGUGUUUGUUGCGACUGCCGUCGGUAGCAUUGCUCCCACCUCGACCACUGAGGUGCCCAAGCCGGACGUACUCCGGCAAUUUGGAUAUCUUCUUCAAACCAAGUUGGGUGCGGACGUGACGUUCGAGGUCGGUGGCGAGAUGUUCGCCGCGCAUCGGUGUGUGCUUGCAACUCGGUCCUCGGUCUUCAGGGCGCAGCUCUUUGGCUCCAUGAUGGAGGGUACUACUAGUGUCAUACACAUAGAAGGUAUGGCACCAAGUGUGUUCAGGGCCUUGCUAACUUUCAUCUACAAUGACUCGCUGCCCAAGAGGGAGGUUGACAACAUGGAGGAGGAUGAAAAUGAAGGAGACACGGACGAGGACGAGGACGAGUCGGAAGAAGAAUAUGAUGAAGAUGACGAACAAGUAACGUGGCUGCAGCACUUGCUUGUAGCGGCGGAUAGGUACGAUCUCCCAAAACUCAAGUUGAUGUGCGAAGACGAGUUGUGUGAGCACCUAGACGUGAGCUCGGUGGCGACUAUUCUUGAUCUAGCCGAGCAGUACCAUUGUUCUCGCCUGAAGGAGGAGUGCGUGCGGUUUGCGCGACUCCUGUCUCCCGCAAAGUUACAAAUCUUAUUGUCAACCAAAGGCUGGAAGCAUAUAGCUAAAACCUAUCCGGAUGUUGUGAACGAGCUCAUAGUAAAGCUUGCUUCCAAAUUCUACUGA